GGGUGAGAAGAUUUCUCGCCAUAUGUUCCGUGUUGUGCAUAUAAGUCCCUCUCUCUCAAUCUUUAAUUCCUAUUGUCAUCUCUACUCAGAUCAUUCAGCUUUUCGUAUCUACUUCUUUUCUAUCACUCUCUGAAUCAAGGUUCAGCACAACAGACAAUGGUAAAGAUCGCAGUAGCUGGUGCCACGGGAGAGCUCGCUCGAGAGGUCAUCGACGCCUUGUUCGCUACAAAAAGGCAUGAGAUAACUCUUUUGACCAGAAAGAAUGCUCCUGUAGGUGACAGCACUUCUGGCAUUACUUGGCGCACUGUCGAUUAUGGGGACAAGAGCAGCCUCCGCGAAGCUUUGCUUGGCAUUCACACUGUCUUGUCCUUCAUCAAUCAGCAGACACCUGGACAGUCAGGCAGCUCGCAAAUAAACUUGGUCGAUGCAUGUAUCGCUGUGGGAGUGAAGCGGUUUGCACCGAGUGAGUAUGGGAGCGACAGCAAAGAAGACUUGCCUUUCUGGGCAGGAAAGACGAAGGUCCAGGCAUAUCUUGAGAGGGUGAAUAAGGAUGUGAAGGUCCUCGAAUACACUCUUUUCCAGCCAGGUCUCUUCCUCGACUAUCUUGCAUCCCCACACAAAACAGCAAAGUACGUCACUCCGCUGGAUGCUUUCAUUGAUUUCCAGAACCGGCGUGCAAUUGUUGUCGAGGGACAUGAAGAUGCGGUCAUGACCCUGACUACCGUUCAAGACAUUGCUGGCAUUGUGGCAAGAGCCGUUGAUGUUGAUGGCGAAUGGCCUGUCAAGGGUGGUAUCAUGGGCAACAGAGCCACAGUGUCGGAGAUCAUUGCAAUCGGCGAGAAAGUUCGAGGUGGCCCUUUUGCUAUUGAUAAAGUCAAACACGAAGAUCUUGAAGCUGGGGUUCUCAAGACCUCUUGGGGCCUGGGGAAACGCCAUCCCAGCUUGACUGCGGAACAGCAGGAUCAACUCGCAGGUGUAUUGAAGGGUGUUCUUGUUGGAACUCUGUUGAGCUGUGUAAAGGGUGCGUGGGAUGUUGGGGAUGGAUGGAACCAGCGUCUACCAGACUAUGCGUUCUCAAAAAUGGAGGGAUUCUUGGCUACGGUGUGGGAAGGGAAACCUUGAGAGAUGUUGGUCUAAACUCGUGUCAACAGUUCAAGGCUUGCGCCUUGACGGGCACGUCAUUGUACCGAGGGUAGAAUCCGGGACAAAAAUCAAAGUUUCACGAUUGAUGCCU